AUGAAGUAUCUCCGGGUGUUGCUCGAAGAAGAUCAUGUUACGGACUCUGAACUUCCUAUAGCAGAGAAUAGGUUCACCUCAGGAUUUGCAAAUUCACCUUACCCCCUCGCAAGCUUCCUCCGCGCCCAAUUCCGGCUGGAAGGUCUAUCUCAGAUGCCAGCACAGGGACGAUUUCAUCAGCAAAUCGAUGAAGCCCACACUGUCCCUAUCUCCGUCAAAAGUCGCCUAUACGAUAGCUUACGGUCGAACGUCUACGAGAUGCUGAUCAUGUUUCCCGGAACUAAUUUCCCUUUACCCCCAGGCCAAGAUCUCGUCAUCAAGCAAGCAUAUUCGCACGCAACCGAAUGCGGUACUGAACGCAAAUUCCUCCAAGCGCUUGCCGAUAACAACAUCUCACAUCCACAUAUUGUGACUUCCUACACUGGCUUUCAGUUCAGGACAGCACAUUACGUCGUCAGCGAGCGCGGCUCAGGAAACCUUUUGGAGUUCAUGACAAAGUAUACUGACGGCGCUCAAGCAGGUCUUGACUAUGACUGGGUUGUUCGUCAGUUCAUGGGCCUCGCAGAUGCUCUCUCAAAGAUACACGGGCCUACUACGAAAGGUAAUACUGGGCUUUACCGCAACAUCGGACUCGACAACAUCCUGGUCUUUGCCAAGAACGAUAUGAGCCUGCAAGACAGCACCCUGAAGUUCUGCGGCUGGAGUUAUGCAAGAAUGACUGCUAGAGAAUCGAAUGAAGAAACGAGUGAAGCAUCAAGCGAACGAGCAAGCGACGAGUCGAUUAUUGGAACCUACAAUGAACACAAACCGUCGGAGGUCAUUCGUGGCUGGAACAUCGCAGUAUCUCGUGACAUCGAGUGCCUAGGGCUGGCCUUUCUCGAAGUACUCGUAUGGUUCCACGAGGGUGAGGUCAAGAUGAGUAACUUCGUGGAGCAGCACCGAUACCGUUGGAAUGAUACUGCUCCAGGAGGGAUGAAGCUUGCACGUACCGUGCAGCAGAAGAUAGAAGAGAUUGGCGAUAGAGGUGCUGAGUGGAAGACUCUGGUCGAUAUCAUCGACCAAAUGCUACAUGUGGACGUGGUGAAUACUAGCAGAGUCGAGAACUCUUGGAAAUGCGGGUUUGAAGGUCGCUCAGAGAUCAAACACUUUUAUGAAUUCGGCGACAAGACAUUCAAAUUCUUUCCGUUGACAACCAUUCGGGAAGUUGCUUCUGCAAGCAGCGUCAGUGGUAUUUUCCACUUCUCCGGGCUUGACACCAACGCGGUGUACGAACUGAAGAACAGGAUCCGGUCAGGCGGUGAGCGUUUGUUUGCUCUCGCUAUCUACUGCGGUCUCUCGCCACCUGACAUGGUUUUCGUCUUGACAAACUACAAUGAUGAUGCCCUUCCCUUCUCGCCAGACGACUGGCUUGGAACGACCGAAGAACAAUCAGACGCAGUCUACAGUACUCUUUGCGACGCGCAAUAUCUCUUUGUUGUGCAUGAGCUUCAUGACUCUCAAUACAGGGCCAAUCUCACGGGUUGUGCCAUUCCGAUUGAAUACAACAGCGCUGUCAAACCCGAUAUUGGCGAGGGAUCCGGAGGGAAAGUCUACAAAGCCAGAAUUCACAACAGCUGUGCUCCCUUUCUACGGGAGGCUCCGGGCCCCAAUGACUUGUCUAGAUACGUUGCACUCAAAGUCAGCAAAUUUCGGCAAGAUGCUGAGCGGGAAUGCGAUUUCCUCGAGACUUUGGCCCGUUCUCCAGGCUCACACGAGCACAUCACUACGUUCUACACUGGUUUCGUAUUCGAGGAGAAGAUAUAUCUCGUCGCGGAGCUAGCGGUUGGUAAUUUGGACGAGUUUAUGGCGAAGUUCCCUGAACGCCGGGCUGUGAAAGAUCUGGAUCGUGAGUAG